ACGGCUCAACCUAGCAGAACAUUCGUAGACUCCAUUUAGUGGCACAUACCGCGAAGUGACGCCUCUUCAGCCUGUCCGUGACCAGGAGACCGGCGUGUUGUGCAUCUUUAGAUCGCUCCUUCCUUCCCUAUCCCUUCGUAGCUAUAUUCACACAGAUUCUGUGUAUCAGAUACUCCUCCUGUUUAAGUUAUCUGUAUCUUUAUGAAGGGCUCACGGCUACUUCUUAAUGGGAAAUCAAUCAUCAAGUGACCCAGAACAGCUCAGCAUGUCGAAGGAGUUUGUUGAAGCCACUAUCCGCGACAACAAAGUGGUGGUGUUCUCCAAGACCUACUGCCCAUACUGCAAGAUGGCCAAACAGCAACUCAACAAGUACAAGGGGAAGUACAAGGAGGAACCUUUGAUUAUUGAAAUUGAGAAUCGCAAAGACUGCGAGCAGAUCCAGGCUAUCUUGGGGAAGAUCACUGGAGGUCGAACAGUUCCCCGUGUCUUCAUCAAUGGCAAGUGCAUCGGUGGAGGCAGCGAGACCAAGGCUGCAGAGGAUUCUGGGCAGCUGAAGGUGAUGCUGAGUGAUGCUGGGGCCAUCUAGUCCAACCUGACAAGAUUUUAGUGCCUGAGAGCACAAGCUAGCACGCACCAAUGACCUUCUAUACCUAGAUCAGUAAUUUUGUGUUGUGAUUUUGAUAUACGUUUUCUACAAUGAUGUAGAAAUUAGUGAUGCAUAAGCAAACACAGGCAGAUUUAAGCAUCAACAAAUACUUUUCAUAGACUUCUCUCUAGAAAAAAAAAAUUCUGAAUCUUAUGGUAUCUACUUCUUACUUGUUUGACAAAACAAUUCCUCUGGACAAAUCAAUAGCUUGAUAACCUACAAAGCACUGAAAUAGAUUUUUGGUGUGACAUGCAAAACAGACCAAUCAUGUUGCCACUACAAAACAACAAAAAAUUCACAAAAGAAGGUGUUGAAGACAACUGAUGCAUAACUUUUAUUGAACUUGUUAUUCCUCUCUACAUACAUCUAGCUUUGUUAACAUUGUUAUAUGCAGAGCAUGCUAUUCUGUUGCCAAAGUAAAAUAACAUUGUUUUUAGUUAGAACAGAACAAGGUGUAACAAAGAAAACAAAUGUUAGAGGAACAAAAUCUUAAAAUAGAGAAAAAAAUCCAGUUUCAGAAUGAUGAUGACCAGUUUAAAAGAUGGUGCAAGAAUGAUCAGUGCUAGAUACUUUUCCAUUAUCUAGUUCACUUUCUUAUUCCUCACCUAUACCCGUAAAAAUAUUGUGUCCAUUUUAAAGACAUGCAAACACUGACACUGGAAAAAUCUCUUUAAAAAAACUGAAACAGAGCAAUUUACAGUCAUAAGGUAACAUGCUAAACCCAUCACAAAGCAUGGAAUGUUUGUCACAAAUAUUGUUCCUGACUGUAAAAUAAUAAUGUUUUACUACUGAAAAGUUAUAUGUU